UUUUUUGGCAGAAGCUUUUUAUUUUUUAUUUAUUCGGUAGAGUACUGUAGAAUAUUGUGGUGGAGAUCGGAAAAGAUAACUUCCGAUAACGGAGAGACAUUUCAAAGCAUAAGCAUCAGCAGCUUCAUCACCUCAUUGUGAUCACUGGAAGACGACAAUCGGCUAACUGCGACGGAGUUCCAUGGGUCUCGCCGUUAAAUUGGGCUUUCCUCAACCUGCUUAUCCUCUGGUUCUUCCCGCUUCGACUUCCAAAAACAAAAGUAAAAAUUCAACAUUAAUUCAAUCAUCUCCAACAACCCAGAAACCCAAUGGAAGCAAAUUUCCCAGCUUAGUUUCUGUUGAUGAAACUCGGAAAAGGUUUCAAAUUCAACCCUUAAUUGAUAUCCUUUAUGGUUGUGAGGACAUGGGUUCUGUAGGAAAAGUUAAAUCUGUUCAUGGGUUGGUGUUAAAAUCCGAGCUUUCGGACAGGGACUUGCUGGUGGUGUUGAACCAUGUUGCCAAUGCCUAUUCGAAAUGCUCGGAUUUUGACAAAGCUCGUCGAGUGUUUGAUGAAAUGCCGGUGAGGAACAUAUUCUCUUGGACAGUCAUGAUCGUUGGGUCGACAGAGAGUGGGUUGUUUCUUGAUGGGUUUAAGUUCUUUUGUGAUAUGGUGGAUAGUGGAAUUUUACCAGACAAGUUUGCGUAUUCGGCGGUUGUGCAGACAUGCAUUGGGUUAGAUUGUAUCGAAUUGGGCGAAAUGGUGCAUGCCCAGGUUGUUGUAAGAGGCUUUGCGUCUGAUACUUUUGUAAGUACAUCUCUUCUUAACAUGUAUGCAAAGUUCAGAAUGGUUGAGAAUUCGUGUAGGAUGUUUAAUUCCAUGACUGAACAUAAUAAAGUCUCCUGGAAUGCAAUGAUUUCAGGGUUAACAUCAAAUGACCUUCAUCCUGAAGCAUUUGAUCAAUUUGUAAGAAUGCAGAAAGAAGGAAUUAAACCAAAUCUGUAUACACUCAUCAGUGUCUCGAAAGCAGUCGGGAAGUUAGGUAAUGUUGACAAGAGCAAAAUUGUUCACAGUUAUGCAUCUGGAUUGGGCAUGGAGUCUAGUGUUCUUGUGGGAACUGCUCUUAUCGAUAUGUACUCCAAAUGCAAGUCUGUGUCUGAUGCAAGAUCUGUUUUUGACUUUAAUUUCACCAGUUGUAAAACCAAUCCACCAUGGAAUGCAAUGAUCUCUGGCUAUUCACAGUCAGGUCACAGCCAAGAAGCAUUGGAGCUCUUUGUGAGAAUGUGUGUAAACAAUAUACAACCAGACAAAUACACUUACUGCAGUGUCUUCAAUGCAAUAGCUGCUUUGAAAUGUUUGCGUUUGGGAAAGGAAAUUCACGGGAUGGUUUUGAAGUCUGGGGUGGAAAUGAAGGUUACAAGCAUCUCCAAUGCAAUUGCCAAUGCAUAUGCCAAAUGUGGGUUGCUCAAAGACGUACAGAAGGUCUUUGACAGGAUAGAAGAGAGAGAUUUAGUGUCUUGGACAACACUGGUGACUGCUUGUUCACAAUGUUUUGAAUGGGAGGAUGCACUGAUAGUCUUCUCGAAGUUGAGAGAAGAAGGCUUUACACCGAACGAGUUUACCAUUUCUAGUGUGCUUGUUGCAUGUGCCAGCCUUUGUUUCCUGGAGUAUGGUCAGCAAGUCCACGGCCUCCUUUGCAAGGCUGGCUUGGACUCGGAAAAGUGUAUAGAAAGUGCUCUAAUUGAUAUGUAUGCCAAGUGCGGUAAUAUAGACGAGGCGCAAGAGGUCUUUGAGAGGAUUUCUGAACCAGAUACAGUGUCGUGGACUGCUAUUAUAUCAGGCUAUGCUCAACAUGGGCUUGUGGAGGAUGCUCUUGAACUCUUUAAGAGAAUGGAGCAGAUGGGUGUGAAGGCCAAUGAUGUGACGCUAUUGUGUGUUCUGUUUGCAUGCAGCCACCGUGGUAUGGUAGAUGAAGGCCACUAUCAUUUUCAUCAAAUGGAAAAAUCAUACGGGGUGGUGCCAAAGAUGGAACAUUACGCUUGUAUUGUUGAUCUCUUAGGUCGUGUAGGUCGUCUUAAUGAUGCAAUGGAGUUCAUAGAAAGAAUGCCAAUUGAGCCCAACGAAAUGGUUUGGCAGACUUUGUUGGGAGCAUGUAGGGUACAUGAAAAUGUUGAUUUGGGGGAGAUUGCAGCUGAGAAGAUUCUUUCGGUUACACCAGAAUCCUCAGCUACCUAUGUUCUUCUAUCCAACACUUACAUCAGGACAGGGAGUUAUGAAGAUGGACUUAGUCUGAGGGAUUUGAUGAAAGACAGAGGUGUGAAAAAGGAACCGGGUUGUAGUUGGAUUUCUGUGAAUGGUAGAAUCCACAAAUUUUAUGCAGGGGAUCAACAACAUCCGGAAAAGCAUGAUAUUUAUGCAAAGUUAGAAGAGCUGAGAGUGAAGCUUAAAUCCAUGGGUUACAUUCCAGAUUUGCGUUAUGUAUUGCAAGAUAUGAAUUUGGUAGAAAAAAGGGGGAUGCAUGGAUGAGCUUGCUGAAUAGAAAAGAUUAAUGUCAACAAUAUAACCAUGUCAAGUAGGGGGACAAAAUGUUCAGGUCUGGUGUAUAUGAUCAACAUAAAGAGAAGUGGCAGCAUCAAAAAGAGUAAAUGAAUCUUUGGAUGAUAAAACUCCAAGGGCGGAACUGCCAUGUACAUUCGAGGAUUUUUUUUCAGCUGCUCAGUUCUUCUUCAUGCUUGGGAGCGGAGCAUCGAGGUACAUACAGGCUACAGAUGAAAAACCCACAAAGUUCAUGUUGCCACAUUGGUUCAAUGAACUUGUGAAAGAAUGUUGAUCUCAUUGACUGGCAACGAAAUAUCAUUGUGCAAUGGACUAUGGUGGAUUUUUGGCUUCUCUGAUCAGAGAGUUUUUUCGGGCACAUGCGGUGUUCUCAAGAGGCUGUGUAUAGGGUCAAGUGGCAGAAUUGACUUGAGUUCAUUAUGAAGGACCCUGGGGCUCACAACUAUUCGACAACACCCACCGAUACAAAGGUAUUGAACUGUAUGGCUGCACAGGAUUUCACACUCCGUGUUAAGAGGUGCAGGGGAAGAGGGUAUGAAACCGUUACAUGUAAGUCUUUCUCCCGACUUUGAGGAAAACCAAGUGGAAAUCCUAUUCUGAAGUCAGGCUAUUCAACUCAUCGUGUUUUGGGUUUCCACACAUUCUGAUUGAUAUAGUGAGGUCACUAAUCAGCUUUGUUUUAUGUAAUGAGCUGAUGAGAGGAUGUUGGCUACUUUUCCUAAAGUGUGUUAAAUGGGGAUGGGACAUAUUUUGUCUACACUAUAUAUUUACUGAAGGAAUUCACAUCACAUAUCAUUGCGGGUUCAA